CCGGCCCCGGCCCCACGGGCGGACACUCGGCCAAGCAGCCGCGGGGCCGAGUACAGCCGUCUCCGCCGCCGAUGCUCCUGGUGGCCAGACUCCAAGUGGGACCGGCGGACACGCAACCUCGCGUGUCAGUGGAAGCCAAUGGAGAAUCGAGCUCUGGACCCAGGAACUCGGGACUCCUAUGGUGCCACCAGCCACCUCCCCAACAAGGGGGCCCUGGCAAAGAUCAGGAACAACUUCAAAGACCUAAUGUCCAAACUGACGGAGGGCCAGUAUGUGCUGUGCCGAUGGACAGAUGGACUAUAUUACCUUGGGAAGAUCAAGAGGGUCAGCAGUUCUAAGCAAAGCUGCCUUGUGACUUUCGAAGAUAAUUCCAAAUACUGGGUCCUUUGGAAGGACAUACAGCAUGCUGGUGUUCCAGGCGAGGAGCCCAAGUGCAACAUCUGCCUGGGGAAGACAUCGGGGCCAUUGAAUGAGAUCCUCAUUUGUGGCAAAUGUGGCCUGGGUUACCACCAGCAGUGCCAUAUCCCUGUAGCAGGCAGUGCCGACCAGCCCCUGCUCACACCCUGGUUCUGCAGACGCUGUAUCUUCGCACUGGCUGUGCGGAAAGGCGGCGCGCUGAAGAAGGGCGCCAUCGCCAGGACGCUGCAGGCCGUGAAGAUGGUGCUGUCUUACCAGCCGGAGGAGCUCGAGUGGGACUCUCCGCACCGCACUAACCAACAGCAAUGCUACUGCUACUGCGGCGGGCCUGGAGAAUGGUAUCUGCGGAUGCUGCAGUGUUACCGGUGCAGACAGUGGUUCCAUGAGGCCUGCACCCAGUGCCUUAAUGAGCCCAUGAUGUUUGGAGACCGGUUCUACCUGUUCUUCUGCUCCGUGUGCAACCAAGGCCCAGAGUACAUCGAGAGGCUGCCCCUGAGAUGGGUGGACGUGGUUCACCUGGCCCUCUACAACCUGGGGGUGCAGAGCAAGAAAAAGUACUUUGACUUUGAGGAGAUUCUGGCCUUUGUCAACCACCACUGGGAGCUUCUGCAGCUUGGCAAGCUGACCAGCACCCCUGUGACGGAUCGAGGACCUCAUCUCCUCAACGCUCUGAACAGUUACAAAAGCCGGUUCCUCUGCGGCAAGGAGAUCAAGAAGAAGAAGUGCAUCUUCCGUCUGCGCAUCCGUGUUCCUCCCAACCCACCAGGGAAAUUGCUGCCUGACAAGGGGCUGGUGCCCAGUGAGAAUGGCGCCUCCUCUGAGCUGAGAAAGAGAGGAAAGAGCAAGUCAGGUUUGUUGCCUCAUGAAUUCCAGCAGCAGAAAAGGCGAGUUUAUAGAAGAAAAAGAUCAAAGUUUUUGCUGGAAGAUGCUAUUCCCAGUAGCGACUUCACCUCUGCCUGGAGCACCAACCACCACCUGGCCAGCAUAUUUGACUUCACACUGGACGAAAUUCAGAGUUUAAAAAGCGCCAGCUCAGGCCAGACCUUCUCAGAUGUGGACUCCACGGAUGCUGCCAGCACCUCUGGCUCUGCCUCCACCAGCCUCUCCUAUGACUCUAGACGGACGGUGGGCAGCCGCAAGAGGAAGCUGACAGCCAAAGUAUACAUGCCACUGCAGGCAAAGCGGCGGGCAGCUGAACUGGGUGGGCGCUGCCCCUCAGACAGCAGUGCAGAGGGGGCGUCGGGCCCUGAGCGGCCAGACGAAGGCAUUGACAGCCACACAUUUGAAAGCAUCAGUGAAGAUGACUCGUCCUUGUCCCACCUCAAAUCAUCCAUCACCAACUACUUCGGCGCAGCUGGGCGGUUGGCCUGUGGGGAGAAGUACCAGGUGUUGGCUCGGAGGGUCACGCCAGAGGGCAAGGUUCAGUACUUGGUGGAGUGGGAAGGGACUACCCCUUACUGACCAGCUGUCAGGGAGCCCAGGAAACCAAAGGAGGGAUAGUGGAAGCCACAGCCUCCCCAUUUCUCUCCAGGCUGGGGUGGGAAGGGAAGCAGAACUGAGCUGCAGGGGUCUGGCUAAAGGUCCGGCCAGCCUGCCUGCUAGAGGCCCUGCCCAGGCACAGGCCUUCGCCACCUCUGCUGUGCUCGUUCUGCUCUUGGGCCUUUUCAGGCUCCUUACCCCUCUGCCUCUCUAAGGUCCCACUGGCUAUUUCUCAGUGUCACCACAUCCCGACUCCAACCCCUCAAAUUCCUGUAUCUGUACCUCUGAAUCUUCCCCACCCCCCAGCUCUGUGACCCUGUUUCCUGAGGCCUGAACCUCUCUGUCCCUUCACCUGACUCUCACCCCCAUUGGGUAUGUACUAUGUGUUUACACACCCUCUAUGUACACAUCUGUCCCUCCACUGGAUGCCUUUCACAGCUGACCCAUGGGGCAGCCAGUCCUCCCCAGGGCCACAUUAUGAGAAUGGGUGAAGGGGGUAGAGGAUGCCGCUCAACUUUUCUCUCCCACUUUCUUGCCCUCCCCUUCUGCCCUGUGAAAGCCUGUGUGGCAGAGACCCUGGGAUGCUAAGGAUCUGACAAGUGAAGAGGCUGGGUCUCUGCCUCAGAAGGCACCAGCACCAGGGCCCAAUGAUUAUAGCUGAAAGUGAAGGCUACAGGUGUCAGCUUCUUAGGUCACAGUUUUCCCUAUCCUGACCCCACCCCUCUUAGUUGCCAUGGAGCUGGGCCUAGCCUAGUUGCCGAAAUGAAGCCAUCCUUGAAAACCUGAGCAACAGGCGGGGAGGGAGGGGGAGGCAGGAAAGGAAGUCAUGUCAUGCCAAGCAGCCAAACAGGCUGUUUUCCUGUUGCCUUUCCAGACCCCACCGCACACACAGCCAAAUACACAUGCACUCACACAAGCUUAAAUCCACAUGUGCUCUCAUCCUCCAGGCACGUAUCUCCACAUAACCGGACACCCUACAUCCAGGCACACACAUUCAGGCCCCACCCUCCAGGUGUGUGCACAUCACUGACAGCCACACAACCCCUCCAGGGCCCGUCUGGCCCCUGCCCUUGGCUUUCCCUUGGCCUUCCAAGGGCGAUGUGCUGCAACUAAAUGUGAAAGCCCGGUUCCUGGCCCCGCCUUUCCGCCCACGAACCAGCUGCGGCCUCACAGAUAAGCACAGGGUUCUCGUACCCUCUUCCAUGACCCCUGCCCCAUCCUAAAAUUGACAAUCACUUUUGGGUGGGACAGGUUGGAAUUUUUAAAGGGCCUAUAUCAUUCAGUCCCCGCAAAGGGAAGCUUCGUCUGUGAGAAUAUAAACAGAAUUCUUAGAACUGACAAACUUGGUCCCAUGUGGAGGAAAACCAAAAAUGGGAAGGGAGAGAGGGACCCCUCACUUUUGCUGCUUCCAGAGAUGUUAGAAACUGACUCACUUGAUUGGAAAAUGUAAAGUGCCUUGAAUGGGGUGGUUGGUGGGGGGUGGGGAGGCACCAGAUAGGGACCAGCCUGCCAACUGCUCCUGUGGCUUCUAGCCUGGCUGGGGCUUAUAGGCUGCCAGCUGGAAGGCGGAGGUGGAUGGAGCAGUGGGAGGAGUGAUGACAGCAGUGGCAGCAGGCUUGAGGAGGUGGUUUUUCCGUUACUAGGCCUGACCCACUCCCUACCUUAGGGGGUCCCUGAGCUAGUUCAGAUGCCCUCUGCCUCAAACCUCAGCUCCUUCAGUGCCUUUCAAAUGGGACCUCGUCUCCUGUGCACAGCCUAGCACCUCCCUCUGCUUCUCUGGCAUGGCCUAGGCAGGGAUGAGCUGGGGUUGAACACAGUUCUCCCCCUUCUCAGCCCCAGGGCUGCUGCCACUCAAGCCCAGCAGGGGUGUGGGACCUGGGAUCCAAUCUGUGGCUUUCUGUGUGGCUUCAGAGAGCACAGCAAGUUCCCAGGCCUGCUUUCCAGGCUUCUGAGAAAGCACAGGACAAGCAAGGUCUGUUACAGUGCAUCUGCACCUUCCCUACUUAGGCUCCAGACUCUGGGCUUGAAGAAAGGGGUGUCUUCCCUACUUGGGAAGUCGGCACAAGGCCUAGCAAGGUCACUCUGACUCCCCACCUCAGCAUUUCAUUCAUAUGAGAUUUAAGAGCUGCAUUACUGCCAACUGAUCUUAAAAUAACCCUGUGCACCUUCUAAGAGAUUUAUGGUUUGAGUUGCUGCUUUUAAUAACAUUUGUUAUAUUAAAGUUAUAAUUAAUGUGUCUGA